GACGUUUCGUUUGCGUUUGCGUGUGCAUCUCUCUAAAAAUCUGUAUUUGUAUCUGUAGCUGUAGUUGUAUUUGUAUCUGUAUCUGUUUCUGUCUGUGUGGCGAUAAGCGUUGCAAGUUUAUGUCGGUAUUGUUGUCGUCAGUCGCUGCUACGCUCAAUAAUCCCAAUGUUGAUUCUGGUUUGUCGGUUGGUCGGUCGGUGAUUGUUGUGAACUGAGCUCGUGUUUAGAAUUUUGUUUACGCGUGUUCGCCAACGGUCAAAUUGUCACAUUGGACAACCCCAAGUUACGAAUAUUUCAAUUCAAUUCAAUACAAUUCGAUUCAAUUCGAUUCGUUUUAAAUCGUUUCAAAGACGUGUGUUUAACAACCGUUUGGGCAUACACAGCCUCCUCUGAACUUAAUUUUAUAUCGGAUUUUUGCUGCUGCAUUAUAAUAAAUAUAUAAUUAACAAAUAAAGGAAAAAUUUACUUGGCAAUGGCCGCUUACACACAAUUUGGAUACGGCGGUUUCCCGUCGGCAUCGCAGCUUUUACCACCGAAUGCGACGCAGACACCUGAGGACGUCUCGUCGAAUGUUAACGCAUCUUCAUUGGUGAUGACAAACGUGCCGGCAUUGAGCCCCACGGGUGGUACCGACUGCCAGACGUCUGCGGGAUCUGUUAGUGCUGCCCCAACCGGUGGUGCGGUCGGUGGUGCUGGUGACGCUUCAAGGGGCGCGUUAAGUCCAGACGCACUUUCGCAGAAUUCAAAUGCGGCCACGGGUUCAGUUGGAGCUGUUGCCGAUGCCAUUCCCGGCGGUGGCGGUGGUGGCUCCCUGGACAGCAGCGCCGUGGGCACGACGCCUACGACGGGCAGCUCCUGCUGCGAAAACGGUCGUCCCAUUAUGACGGAUCCAGUAUCGGGACAGACAGUCUGCUCCUGCCAAUACGAUACGGCACGUCUUGCCCUCUCAAGCUACUCGCGUCUGCCAGCGGCCAGUGUUGGUGUCUAUGGCUCACCAUAUCCAUCGACGGAUCAGAAUCCCUAUCAGAGCAUUGGCGUAGACAGCUCCGCCUUCUACUCGCCGUUGAGCAAUCCUUAUGGCUUAAAGGACACGGCAGCGGGUACGGAAAUGGGAGCCUGGACAUCCGCCGGAUUGCAGCCCACAACGGGCUAUUAUUCCUACGAUCCAAUGUCAGCUUAUGGCUACGGCGCCAGUUAUGAUUUGGCGGCAAGACGUAAGAAUGCAACGCGUGAAUCGACGGCAACAUUGAAGGCGUGGCUAAAUGAGCACAAGAAGAAUCCAUAUCCCACCAAAGGUGAGAAGAUCAUGCUGGCGAUAAUCACCAAGAUGACAUUGACCCAGGUGUCCACCUGGUUUGCGAAUGCGCGACGACGACUCAAGAAGGAGAAUAAGAUGACCUGGGAGCCAAAGAAUCGCACAGAUGACGACGAUGAUGCUCUGGUUUCGGAUGAUGAGAAGGACAAGGAUGAUCUGGAGUCAAGCAAGGAUGGCAGUUUGGCCAAAGAUGCGGCCAAGGAUGAGGAAGAACUCAUCGAUGAGGACCAAAAGAAUGUGGGUCAAUCGAACAUAUUGCGUGCUGGCUUCGGUUAUCCAUCGGGUGGUUAUCACAGCGGUUCUGGCAGUGCCCAUCCGGCUGCUUACCAUCCUUAUCAUCCUCAUCAUCAUCAACAUCCCGCAUAUUAUCAACCGCAACAAGCUGUGCUCCCGGCUGCCUUUCAUGCCGGCGACAGUGGCCUGGGCAUGGCUGGAAAGCACAGUGGUGAACAUGGCGAUCCAAAAAACCAGCUAGGCCGGGACUGUGGUGUGCCGAUUCCAGCUACCAAGCCCAAAAUCUGGAGCUUGGCCGACACAGUUGCCUGCAAGACUCCACCCCCGGCAUGCAUGGGCCAAGGGCAGUUGAUGCCACAGUCCCAACAGUCUAUGCAACAUCAGCAGCAGCAGAUGCAACAGCUGCAACGAGCACAUCUGCAUCCGCAGUCGCAGCAGGACAGCUUGGGGAUGGUGCAUCAGCAGCAGCAGCAGCAGGAGCAACAACCCUUCAACGGAGCACCCUAUGUAAGGGCGCAUACCACGGCCUACGGGGGUUUUCUAGGGGCUACGACCCAACAGCUCCAUACUACGAGCCCGAACAGUGGUCCCUACGGCAGCAGCAGCAGCAGCAGUUCAGCAAUGCAGGCCAGCAAUCCGCUGGUGUCCAACAGCAGCACCCCUACCAUGCCUAUUACGGCGGUAAACCCAAAUUCGUUGGCCCAACAACAGGUCCAGCAAUUCCCAACAAUUCGCUCACAGCAAUCACAGCUGUCUCAAUCAACAGCGAGUCAACAGCGGGCGAUGGCGAUGGGGUUUCCCGAAGCCCAACCCGAUACUCCACCCCAAACUCCACCGAAUAUGAAGGUCUUGAACGGGGCUUUGAGUCUGCUGCCUACCGCUUCUCAAAUCCCUAUGACCGCUACCUGUCGCAGCAGUAAUGCCACCUACAAUCCCGGCUGCAACUAUCCCAUGAACUUCUCCACUCGCCUCAGCGAAUACGACUAUCCGACGAACAUGAAUCGCGAUGAUUACAGCAGUUCCAGCAGCAGCACUUCAUCCUCGCCGCACCUACAACGCAAUGAGAGCCUCUUCAAGCCGCUCUUCAAGAGCCUGACGCCUGUGUAGAUCCCCACAGUUUUGGCAAAGACCUUUUAUACAAUGUACUAGACGAACCGUCUGUACAUAUGACAAUUUAGAUUACCAUUUUCUGGGCUCGUGCAACAACGUAAUGGAUUGUGUAAUAUCUAAUUCUUAAUGUAUACCACAUUGGUAUGCAUGUACCAUAUAAUAAUAAUUAUAACUUACUUAAUAACCUUACUUAAUAAAAGCCGUGCAUUGUCUUAAUAGUUUAAACAUUAGAAGUAUUCAUUAAGACAGCUUCAUUUGUAACAGGCACAUUUAAAACUAGUGUUAAGAUUAUAAACUGUGAUAAAUUUUACAUUGUUUAACAGAAUUCAAAUAAUAAACACAUUGUCUCCUUAAAUGCAUAAUCUAAAACUAAUUUAAAUUCGUUCAAUAUAAAUAAAUCUUUGUAAUCCUGUAACAAACACAAA